AUGGCGGCUGGACGCUCAUUGAAGUCGCUUGUAGGCCGCCGGCGGCGUGCCGAUGAGGAGGGCGAGGACGAGGAAGGGCCGGUCAUGGUGGAAGACUCGCAGAGCGAGGCUUCUGCGUUCACUGAUAUGGGAGACGACGAGGCGGAUGCGAGCAGCUUGGGUGCACCGAGCGCAGCCGACGCUGGAGCGGACGGCGGACAGCAGAAGUCCGAGGCAGCAUCGAAUGGUACCAAAUCUGCCAGCAAGAGGGCGCGGAAGGGCAAGAAGAGCGCAAAGAAAGCGGGGAAAGAGCCGACAUUGGAAACAUCACGGCAGCCACAGGUCAGCAAUUUCAAGGCGGUUGCGGAUACGGAAGCGAUGAUCAAUGGUCUUCAAAUCGGCGAGCAAACAUCCGAAGAAGUUGCCGACUUCGACAGCCUGGAUCGCCACGUAUCAUCUCUGACGGGAGCGGGCGAUGCUUCUCAGCCUGUUAUGUCUUCUACUCUGAUCCAUGGGUAUGCGCAGUCCGGCGCCGAGCGACAGAGUCGGGAGCACGAAGAUUAUAAGAGGAGGCGAGACGCGGACCCUGCGUUCAUUCCAAACCGCGGCAACUUCUUCAUGCACGAUACUCGUAGCCACGCUGCGCACAGUAAUGCGCCCGUCCGAGGUGCCUGGAAUACAAGAGGUCGUGGCAGGGGAGGUCCGAACGUAGGAGGUCCCUUCUCACCAGCGAACCAGAUGGCGCAAGCGGAACGAGCUGCCGAACAGCCCUGGAAACACGAUCUGCACGACACGAUCAACGAAGAGCCCAGCGCUUCUGUUCCGACGAAAGCGGACUCCCCUCAAGAUCAUGAUGAAUCUGCACGACUGUUCCCUAAAGCUAUGGGCGUGAAUCAAGGCCACAUCCAGAGCACACAGCAGCCCCGAGUCGUAUCUUUCUCGAGCACUACGUUGGUCGGCAAGGUCCAGAUUCGUGUGCAGUUGCUGAGAAUGAAAGAACCAAUCAUCUUUUCUGAGGUGCCUUGGAAACAGUACACACGUUUGCCAGACCAUCGACCACCUCUUCGACGCGACAAGCCUGUUCGUGUUUCUCUUCCAGGACUCACCCAACGUUACAUCUUCCCUUCUUCCGACCGAUCCUUCAUCUUCAUUCCUAGACAGAUGAGGCCCAAUCAACAAGGGUUUGGUCGGUAUCAGAGAAGCAUCGGCGGAUAUGGCUAUUCCAGCCGCAGGACCAGCAUGUACGGUGGAAGCAUGUACGCGGCGAGCGUUGCCGCUAGCCGUCGCUCUUCUUUUGCAAGUGUCGCGCGUGAGAGCGCUUUCUCUCCGGUCGGUUCAUUCGCGGGAGCUAUGCCGCCGACGAGGCCUGUCGUCAGGUUGCCGCACGGCUCACAAUCGCAUUUCUCGGCCGCGAACACUCCUAUGGGCCCUCUUUCUGGACAUCAGACACCUACCGGCUUUCAAGUGCACACAUUCCCGCUUCCGCAGCAGCCAACUUUCCAAGGCACGCCAACCACGACCGUCCACCAGCCACGCCCACAAAAGGCGAUCUCUGUUACGGGCAUUGAGUCGCCAGCUGUGUUGCAACACGCUCCUGCACCGCCCGAGUCGCAACCAUUCCAGAACCAACUGCCGCCUCACAUGCACGAGCAGCCCGCAUUCGCGCAGGCUCCUCAAGCUUAUUUCUCUCCGCGUCAGCAGUACUCGUACCCACAAGCCCAGAAUGGCACCCCUUUGUCGAACAUCCCGGAGCAAGCAAUCAACGCUCCUUCGUUCCAACCUCCCAUGAUGCAGUACGCCCAGCCAUAUUACGGGUAUCCGCCGCAGCAAGGGUUCUACUAUCCUCCCGGACCCAGUGGAUAUCAGCCAAUGCCCAUGUACGUCCCUCCUCAUCAAGGAUAUCCGAUGAUGUCGCCCCCAGCCCCUACGAUGUCGCAGCCACCGCAGGCCGCAGCACAGCAACCACCCUCGCAGCCGGUGGAGGCCGAGCAAGAGCAGCAAAGUCAGUCGCAGUCGCAAUCCGGCAUGGUGGCGCACGAGAGCAACGGAAUGGUGUACUACAUGUCUGCAUCGGAGGCUCAGCAGCAGCCUCAAGGUGAAAGCUACCAACCGGCUGAAAGUUUUGUCCCUUCUUACGCGAUGCCAGGCAUGCCGCCGCCAACACCAGCUCCAGAGUCUGCAUAUUACUAUCCAAUGCCAAUGCCGGCUGCUUACUAUCCUGCACAGGGUCAAUAA